AUGCCUGCUAACAGCGUGAGCGCGGUCUGUGGGGAGAACGCGGUGCGGGUGGAGGUCCAGAGGGACCUGCUGGGGGUCGGGAAACCCGUCCUGGAGACGGACGUCUCCCUGGGGGGCUGCCCCCCCACCGGGGAGGACCCGGAGCAGGAGGUGCUCAUAUUCGAGUCCGAACUGCACCAGUGUGGCAGCCAACUGCUGAUGACCGAGGACUCGUUCAUCUACGUCUUCACCCUGCUCUACACGCCCAGUCCUCUGGGGGACGGAUCCAUCGUUCGAGGUCGAGACGUCUCCGUUAGCAUCCAGUGUCAUUACCAGAGGUUUGAGGCCUCGGUCAGACAGUUUCACCACGUUCCUCUGCGGGUGACCGUGGAUAGUUGCGUGGCCACCGUGGUUCCAAAUGUGGACACC